AUGGAACCCUUCACCGGCGAAACCUAUCCCAUUACGGGCAUCCCCUCAAAUGCUGAGCGAAGGACCGACAACAUUCCCUACGCUCCGGGUCUUCCUUGCCGCCGUGAGAUAACUUACUACUUCCCUUCUGAUAAUGCCUUCAUACAGAAACAGUGGACUCUUAUGGUUCUCGCCCUCAAUCGCUUCAAGAGGCUCAAAGUGAAUGAGAAGCUCUCUUACUUCCAAGUUGCGGGCAUCCAUGCCUACCCUCUGCAGCCAUGGGAUGGCGCUGCGCCUCCUAACAAAGAUUCCGAAGAUCCCAAGAAACUGCCUCCUGGUGCUAAUCCCUACGGAGGAUACUGCGAGCACAACACCAUCACCUUUGCGACGUGGCAUCGACCCUAUAUGCUGCUUUUUGAGCAACUUGUGUGGACUCACAUGAAGGACCAAAUAAAGGCCUGGAAGCUUGAUCCUACUGAGGCUGCUGAGUGGGAGAAAGCAGCUAAUGAUUGGAGACUCCCAUACUGGGACUGGGCUGGUAAGAAGUAUAGCAGGGAGCACGGGCAAGAAUACGCACUCCCAGAGAUCUUUCGCUUCGACGUAAUAACCACCUAUCCUCCCUACAACCCCAGAGGAGAGACAGGAGUCCAGAAUCCAUUUUACAAUUUUGAGAAUCCCAUGAAAGACGACAAAGGUAACCCAAGAGCAUUUGGAGACAUGCCAGAAAACAUGACUCAGUGGAAUAUCCCGGACCAUGUUGAAAAGGGAGAACCGGGACAACCCGAUGACAGACUGCCAUGGAGCAAAUGCUCAGCGACAAGUCGCUACGGUCUAAGAAUCGAAGAUGGCGUAAAUUGGACAGGCCUUGCCGGUUUCAAUAACUUCGACGAAGCCAAUAAGACUUUGAGCAAGUUCCAGGAGGGCUGGUAUCCUCCCUACUUGGAAGGAGACCCAAAGCGAGACAGUUUCAAGGGACCUGGCACACUGGCUGAUGCUGUCAAUCGUCUAUUCUCCCCAGAGUAUACGGACACCUGGGAAACCUUUUCCAGCACCAAAUGGUGGAAUGAGAGUGCUCGUGAUAUAAGUACCGGCUAUCUUUCGCUGGAGUACAUCCACAACAACGUCCAUAACCUUACCGGCGGUUCGAAUGCCAAGCUUCGUAAAAAAGAUCAGAAAGGAGGAUGGGGUGUUGGUCAUAUGUCGGAUGUUCCUGUGUCAGCAUUUGACCCAAUCUUCUGGCUCCAUCAUUGUAACAUCGAUCGCUUGCUUGCCAUGUGGCAGUGUUUGAACUGGGAGACCUGGUUUAACGGGGUCCGCACCCAGAAGGAGGUUGAUAGAGUUAGAGACAAGACGAAGGAAGAUCCUCUCCUUCCAUUUCACCGCGAAAAAACCAGCAAUCCGGCGACUGGGUACUGGACGUCAGAUGAUGCUAAAGACUGGACCAAAUUAAACUACCAGUACGAUGAUCUGAUCCCAGAGGCCAGCGCAGUCGAUCCUGAAAAGGGUGUUUUAAAGGAGGAACAAUUCAAGAUUGACCUUAAAAAGCGUAUCGAGUACCUCUACCCCAGCGCCCAGAAGUACUGGAGAGCAGUCUUUGAAAGCAAAAAGGAAAAGGACCAGAUUAAGUUUUUCGGGCCCGGUAACACUGAGCAUCAGACCUGGAACGACUACCUCAUCAACGUGGUUUACGAUCGGUAUGCCCUGAAUGGACGUUCCUAUUCCAUCCAGUUCUGGCUUGGAGGCAACGCCGAUGAGCCUGACACGGCGUUCCAAGACGAAGAAAACUUCAUCGGCCAGGUCUACUCAUUCGCUGGCAUGCCUCCCUCCACUGAGACCUGCUCCAAUUGCGCUUCCCAGAAAGAUAAAAAGGUACUCUCCCGAGCUCAAGUUCUUCUUACCAUUCCCAUCAUAUCCCAGGCCCUGGAUGAUGGCUUUAAACACAUUAAGACAACCAGACUAGACGAAGUCACCGCCUAUCUCAAGAAUCACCUUCAAUGGAAGUAUGUGCAGAUUGGAGGUUUGGAGAGGCCUGCCAAGGACUUCCCCAACACCACUAUCUCUGUCCUUAAAGGUAUUGGCAAACCUCAGACUGCUCCAGACCAGGACAUGGACAUCCCACCUAUCUAUGCUGAAUAUGAAAUCUUGCACGAGGUCACGCAGAACAAGGCUGGCGGGUUGACCAAGGAAGACGAUGUGCUUGGAGUGUCUCAGAAAUUGAACUUUCGAAAGUUCAGAGAUUAGUGGCUUUUCUGCUGUAGCUCGGAAGUCGGGAAUUUUGCCAAGUUGGCCUCUGACGCUGUUAGAAGCAUCAUCAAGGCUAUGGGGAGUUUGG